UUAACUACUUCCGGGUGAAGAGGAUGUUCUGAUUUUCAGUAUUGAUAUGUUGUGCUGCAUGAGUCGCUAUCUGAGAAACGCAGGUGUAAAAUCCAACUUCGUUAAGCAACGUACAUUUUUUACCAAACUAAGUGAAUAGAGUUAAUAUGACGACAGGCUAUUGACGCAAAUUAAUAAAGAUGGCUUCACCAUCGCUAACAUCAGGCGUAGUGGUACUAGCGGAGCCAGUGACAAGCCCUUCACCAAGUCCAAGCAGCAAAAUACUGGCGACAACUCAGUCUUCUCAGGCCAAAGGAAAGAAACGACCCGCAAGCCCGGGCAACAGUUCUUCUCCUGCCUUGGUCAGCGGCAACACUAGCAAAAAGAAGAGAUUAAGUUUCUCCGCCAGCAUGAUUGAGCCCCCACCACAGCCACCACAGGCAUGUCGUCUGUUCGUAUACACCCGGCUCAAUCGCAGCGUACCCGUUCUUCAGGUGUACUUUGAUGAGGAGAAAGACUUAAAGGAGGACUACCUUUUGACAAGACAAUCCAUGAACGCUUUGAUCCAGCUGAUUCACAGAGAGAAGGACCACGGAUGGGCUGUUCAACUGGAAAUCCUCAUCUUUGUGUACUGGCUGGCACACGGCCUCUCUUUCAGGUUGGUGGCGCGAGCUUUCGACGUGCCGGCAAGCACCACGCACAGGGUCGUACACAACAUCGCCAAGCAGCUGAUGGACAACCUGGGCAAGGCCAUCUCCCUGCCCAAACCGGAAGAGAUGGAAAGAAUUGGGCAAAGUUUUGGGAAACUCACCCGGAACGCAGCCUUCAGUAAGGCGGUGGGUGCCAUUGGCUGUUGCCACAUGCACGUCAAGCCGUCUGGCAACCGCUGCCAUGUAGACUACAUCAACGACAGACUGUCCUUCUCCAUCCGACUUCAGGCCAUCUGUGACGCCACAGGAAAAUUCCUUGACAUUUUUGUGGGGUACCCCGGGUCUGUACAUGACAGCCGCGUGCUGAAGAGCAGCCCGCUGUACGCAGGGACAGGAUACCCACCCCCAGGUUUCCUCAUAGUGGGCGAUGACGGGUACCCAUGCCUGGAGGAGCCAAUCUGCCUCAUCACGCCCUACAAGUUGCCCCUGCAGGAGAGAGCCCAGGAGAGGUUCAAUCUGCACCUGUCCCGGAUGCUCUCAGUCACCCAGAAAAGCUUUGGGAUAAUGAAAACGAGGUGGAGGUCCACCCUCUUCAAGGCCAUAGAGGUAAACCCAGACUUUGCCCCCAGUGUCAUCUCCGCCUGUGCCUUCAUCCACAAUGUCUGCCUAAUGAACGGCGACGUGGUGGAGCCUGACCCCAACCUUAGGAAUGAAGUUAUGGGUCCCCUGCCCCCACCUGAUCCCCUCGGACCAGACGAAAGGAGAGGGGACCUCUUGAGGGACGGUCUGUGCGCCCAGGUGUCUGUGUCUGAUGUCACUUUUGAACAUCUAGAGGAGCAUGACUAUGCAUAAUAUUUAUCUCAAAUUCAUCUGAAAACCAAUUGUAAAAGAUACUUAAUUUGUUUUAAUAAAUGUUUUGUUCUUUUUGCUCUUGAA